GGUGUAAUUAGUCUUUUAGUUAAAAACUUCCACAGUUUUUGUUCAUUUAAAUAUGGUAUCUUUGGGAAACUAGCAAAGUCAUUUUUCAAUUUGAUUUGAUACGAACAAAGUUGUAGUAAACAUUCUUUCCUUCCAUGUUUUCACUAAAUCGAAUUAUGUUUCAAAGGGCUCAGAAGUUGCAAUUACUUGAAAUAAGCUUUAAUUUUAUUGAGGGAUCAACAUGCUUAAUUUAGAUUCAUUAAAAGAGCGCAAAAGAUUAAUCACCCAAAAAUAAAACAUUACCUGAGCAUGCACAAGGUCAAAUUUAUUGCGAAGGGGGGGAAUCUAAUUCCAUACUUGCUAAUGAAGGAAAUUUUAACGAAUUUAGAAGAAUCUGAGAAUUAAGAAGAAAUAUGAAUUGAAUAAUUAUUAUUCGCAAAAGCAAAAAUAUGAGCUCAAUAGUUAAAUUGCUUCAGCAAUCCGUGAAUAGUCUCUAUCAUUACUAUAACGGUGUUUGUUUCCAACUUUCCUUGUAUUUGAUGAAUGGUCAAUUAGAGAUUUCACUGACUCAAUUUUCUCAUUACUUCUAUCUCUAGAAUAGCACUGCGUUGGUAAAAUCUCUGAUUAUGGACUAUUGGUAGAGGGAGUUAAUAUAACUUUGCCAUUCUGCUGGGGUUCGAUAAUAGAAAUUCCUUCUUGAUCAACUUUAAUCACAAAGAACUUUUGAUUCUGUAGCUGCUACUGGUCAGCAAACGAUUCCAUUCUUAUUUGUAUCAUUACUUGAGCUCUUUCGAUUUUUUGUGGACUGUUUGAAUCUAAAUCUUUUGUAUUAGUUUGAUUUGAUAGACUUUUUAUAUACCUUUGUUUGAGUUUAUAUAAUCCCAAUUAAAAAUUAUCCUUGAUGAUAUAUAGGCAUCAAAACCUCAUUAUGAGACAUAACAGAGCCAACAGUUAGAGUUAAACCCAAAUGGGUUACGAGAAGCUUCCAAGAGCAAGCAGAAUCUCAGUAAAAUCCAAAAGUAAAACUGCUAAGAUCCCAGAAAAAACUGGAAAGGUAGAAUGGGAUGUAAUAGAGCAAAUUUUUAGAAAUUUAUAAGUAACGCCAAAUAGUUUUACAUCUGACUUGAAGUUUUCAAUUUCGCAGGCCUUUAUUCACACCUUUUUGAUUGUGGAACAAAAAAGGGUCAUGUUUUCCUACUU